AUGGAUAAAGCUAUUUCUUUUUCGGGGGAAACGGGGGGGAAGACGGGCGCGGAGGCGCCGGAGGGCGUGGACGAGGAGGCGUGGGAGUCGCCUCGAGAGGUGGUGCUGGUGUCGGACGUUGAGGAGGGGGUCUCGCUGAGGGCCAUUUUGGACCCGGCGGCGGCCUCCUCCUCCGCGGCCGACGGUAGCCGCGGGGGCACGCGACGACCGCGGACCCGCCAAAUGGCGAGGAGGGGGGGAUCGAGCGCGCGAUCGGGCAGUCGGGCCGGUCGGGUCAGCCGGGAUAGUUCCCGGGACUCGGCUGCCUCGACGACGUGCGACGUGGCGUCCCUUCCGGGGGACGUCGACACCGACGCGUCGGCGAGCGAGACGGGGAGGAAGCGCAAGCGCGGGAGGCCCCCUACCACCGGGGAGUACGUCGGCCUGGCGGAGGCCAAACGCGCCGCCAGGGAGGAGGAGCGGCUGUCGAGGGAGUGGGAGCGGGAGAAGGAAGUCCUCGCCUCCAUUCCCUCGCCAGCCGACAAGAGGGAGCGCGAAUCCUGGGAAGUCCAGGUGGAGCGCUUUCGGGAGUGCCCGUCACCCGACAUCACCGCUCGGGUGAUGGAGCACCUCGAAACCGUGGUGAAGGUCGCCAAGAACUCGGGCCACCUUCAGGGCCCGUAUGUCAGGGCCCUGAAGGAGGCCGCGGCGGGCAUCAGGGCGGCGCUCACCGUCACUGCUGAGAGGAGGGGCGCCGGAGCCCCUUCUCUCAGCACGGAGAACGCCGCCCUGAGGGGGGAGGUGGAGUCCCUCAAAUCGCAGGUGCGCGAACUGAGGGACACCAUCUCCCUCAUGGGACGGGCGACCGCGGGGGACGGGGGGGAGAGCCAGCGGGUGGCUGACUCUCCCGUCCUGCGCGUCAGGGGGCGGAGGCUGGUGACUCCGCCGAGGAGCCCGGCGACAUCGGAGGCAGGACUCCGGACCGAGACCACCCCGCAGAAGGGGGGAGGUCCUCCCGCCGAAAGGGAGGACCCCCUGGUCUCCAUGGAGGCCAGAAUUAUGGCCUCCAUGGGGACCAUGGUCUCGCGGAUCGUCGCGGAGGCGGUGGCGCCCCUGGUGAGGCGCGGCGCGAGAGAGGGAGCGGAGCCGACCCCCCAAACAGGACCGGAGGAGCCAGGCAACGGCGGGACGGCAAAGAAGAAGAAGAAAGGUAAGAAGGGGGGUGGUGGGGCGAGCGGAGCCCCGCCUGCCCUUAACCCCCCUCCGGCAGAGCAGCGGCCCAGUUCGGCGGUGGCCGGCCCGGCUAGCCGAGUUCCAGCCGGCGAGGAGGAGCAGCCGUGGUCGACGGUGGUGGGCAGGAGGGCCGCGAGGCCAACCGCCCAGCCACCGGCCCCCGCGGGUAAGGGCAAACCCGUGCCGGGCAAACCCGCCCCAGGUAGGGGGGCCAGCGGGGGGGGCAAACCCGCGACGGGCAAACCCUCCCCGCCCGGCGGUCGACCCGGCGCGAAGGGGCCGAAGCCCCCUAAGUCGCCCAAGACGGCGGCUGUGGUCAUCACGGCCGCCGACGGCGACUACAAGGGGGCCGUGGAGAAGGCGCAGAAGGGCGUGGACAUCGACGCCCUGGGGAUCGCCGCGCCGCGAGUGAGGAGGGCCUUGACGGGGGCCCUCAUUUACGAGAUCCCAGGACCGGAGUCCGCCACCAAGGCGGACGAGCUGGCCUCCCGUUUGGAGAAGGUUUUUGAGGGGUCGGGUGUAAGGGUCACCCGACCUCUCAAGAAGGUGGAGCUGCGCGUCCGACGGCUGGACGACGCGGCUACGGAGGAGUCGGUGUCUCGGGCGGUCGCAGCCGCGGGAGGCUGCGACCCCCGAGACGUCGAAGUAGGGCCGAUCCAGAGGUCCCCAGACGGCCUGGGGACCUCUUGGAUCAGGCUUCCUGCGCAGGCCGGCGGAAAAGUCGCCGACCUGGGCAGGAUCAGAGUGGGCUGGGCCUGGGCACCGAUUACUGUGCUGGAGCCCAGGCCCUUGAUGUGUUAUAGGUGCCUGGCGAAGGGGCACGUGCAAGCGACGUGCCCCAGUCGCGAGGACCGCCGAGACCUGUGCUACAGGUGUGGCGCGGCGGGUCAUCGGGCGCGCGGAUGCGCCGCUGACCCGAAGUGCCCUCUGUGCACGGGUCUCGGCAGGAGGGCGGACCACAGGCUGGGUAGCGCGGCCUGUGCUCCGCCCUCCAAGGGAGGGAAAAGUGGGGUUCAAAGGGGGUCGGAGACGGCGGCCCAGGGAGGAGCGCGGCCGACGGAGGCCGCCCCCCGCCCGCAAAGGGUCGCCUCUCCGGCUCCCAGGCAGGCGGCCCCGUCGGCGGGCGCGGCGCUGGAGCCGACGCCUGCUGAUGGGGACAAGGGAGGGCCGGCUCCUCCGCGGGAGGAGGAGCCGAAGCCCCGACGGGUGACCCGCUCCAUGGGGAAGAAGAAGGCGGAGGAGAAGGACGACGAUGGUGCGAGGGGCCUGGAGGAGCCCGCCAUGGACGUGGAGUAA